AGCCCAUCGAUAUAUAAGAUAUGAAACAUUUGUAUCUUGCCCUGGAGGACUCAUAAUUUUGACUUCUUUUUGUUUUUUGUUUUUUUCAUUGUAUUCCCGCUUCAGUGCUUUUAUUUCCCUUCCACAAAUCUGUCUCUCGUGGAGAGCUUAAGUAAUUCUCUUUUAUUCUAAAUGACAAUGAAUCCUUGGAUAUUGCAAAGUGCUUUUGUGCUUCAGUGAGCACAACUGUAAAACUGAACUGCAUGUGGGAAGUGCUUGAGCAUACAGGCAGGCAGGGGUAUUCUUACCAUCUUACGCUGCUCAGACUUAUCAGAGCAGGAGGAUAGUUUAAACGGCACAUUUCUACUGGAGACUAAACACUGAGAAUACCCAUUAAGUUGAGUUUCCUUCGAUAAGGCUUUAUUUAUCUUCUAACCCUUCACUUUGUUCAUGGAAGAGGUUCUGGUUUUCCGUUUUUUUACAUGAAUUGGUUUACUGGCAUACGAUGGACUAAGGAAUGCUUUUACUUGGUGGGACUUAUUGUCAAUGUGACUGUUGCACCUUACGGCACCCACAAUGGAUUCUACUCCAUCUGACUCCUUGGAGCAUCAUUUUACUUCUUCAAAAUUAAAAAAGAAGGAAUCAAAUGACAAAAUGGUCCAACGUUUGCAAGGAAUAUUGAGAUGUUUGGUGAAGCAGCUUGAGAAAGGAGAUAUUAAUGUGUCUGACCUGAAGAAUAAUAUUGAAUAUGCAGCAUCAGUAUUGGAAGCAGUUUACAUUGACGAGACCAGGAAACUAUUGGAUACAGAAGAUGAGCUCUCUGAUAUCCACACAGACGCUGUUCCAAUGGAAGUACGGGACUGGUUAGCAUCCACUUUCACAAGAAAAAUGGGAAUGAGACGGAGGCGUCCCGAAGAGAAACCAAAGUUUCGAAGUAUUGUCCAUGCAGUCCAAGCUGGUAUAUUUGUGGAAAGGAUGUAUAGACGAUCCUCCAAUAUGGCCGGGCUCACCUACCCAUCUGCUGUUAUAGGAUGUUUAAAGGAGAUCGAUCAGUGGUCAUUUAACGUGUUUUCUUUGAAUGAAGCGAGUGGAGAACAUGCACUAAAAUUCAUGGUCUAUGAAUUGUUUACCAGAUACGACCUUAUAAACCGUUUUAAGAUCCCGGUUGCCUGUCUUGUAUCAUUUGUGGAAGCUCUGGAGGUUGGUUACAGCAAAUAUAAAAAUCCAUACCACAAUCUGAUUCAUGCAGCUGACGUUACCCAAACCGUGCACUACAUAAUGCUUCAUACGGGUAUCAUGCACUGGCUCACAGAACUGGAAAUUUUGGCAAUGAUCUUAGCUGCUGCUAUCCAUGACUAUGAGCACACAGGGACCACAAAUAACUUUCACAUACAAACAAGGUCUGAUGCUGCAAUACUGUACAAUGACCGUUCUGUUCUAGAAAAUCAUCAUGUAAGCGCUGCCUAUCGAAUAAUGCAAGAGGAUGACAUGAACAUUUUGGUAAAUUUGUCCAAAGAUGACUGGAGAGACUUGAGGACACUGGUGAUUGAGAUGGUUCUAUCUACAGAUAUGUCUGGUCACUUCCAGCAGAUAAAGACCAUGAGAAAUACGUUACAGCAGCCAGAAGGAAUAGACAAAUCGAAAGCCAUGUCCUUGAUUCUUCAUGCUGCUGAUAUCAGUCAUCCUGCAAAAAUAUGGGAUAUGCAUCAGCGCUGGACAGACUUACUAAUGGAGGAGUUUUUUAGACAGGGGGACAAAGAGGCGGAAUUAGGGCUUUCCUUCUCACCACUCUGCGACCGAAAGUCCACACUGGUAGCACAGUCCCAAAUAGGCUUUAUAGACUUCAUAGUGGAGCCAACGUUCACACUUCUUACUGAUUCAACAGAGAAAAUUGUUAUGCCUCUUAUAGAGGAAGCCACCAAAGCAGAUCAUUCUGUCUAUGAAAAAUCCAGCCUGAAUAAUUCUGAUUUUGGACGUGGUACUGAAAUACAGAAGAAGCCCAGUGUACGAACACCACAGACAGAUGGAAGCUCUACAAUGGAUUACUCUUUGGCAACUGUAGACUUACAACAUUUCAAGAAGAAUUUGGUUGAUAUUAUUCAGCAAAACAAAGAACGAUGGAAAGAACUGGCAGUACAAGAAAGAAAUUUGAAAUCAAUAAACAACAAUGAAGAAAGUAAAAGAGAACUCUGAAAUCGGAAUCUGUUGACCGUGGAAAUCCAUUAUGAUCAAUGGUAACCAGUGGCGGCUUCCAAGAUGGCAGAGAAGAAGGGAGAAUGGCAUGGCUUCAAUAACACUGGAGAAAUUAAGGCUUUAAUAUAUUUACCUUCAGAUUUCAAUACCCACAAUUAGAAAACUAGAAAAUAAAUCCAGACACGGUCCAUGCAGUGGAAUGACGGGAUUUUCAUAGUAGAUGAUAAUUUAUAAAUAUAUCACAUAUACACAAGACCAUGUAAAUAUCAGGAGCGUGUAAAUAGUUUGACCUAUGCACUCAUUUCCUUUAUAAUUUUUCCCAAAAAAAUUUGACACUAGGAAAAUCAGUUUUUCUUGGUUGUUCCCCUGUGGACAUUAUCUUUUCACUUUUUCAGACUGUUAAUAAAACUUUCAUUUGAA